AGCAGACACCGCGUGUCACCGCGCUUGCGUUCUUCGUAUUUCUUGUUAUAGACUGACGUUAUUUAGUAUUUAAGUUUGAUUAGCUUUCGAUUUUUGCUUAGAUUAGAGAGUAGGAACUUGAAGGUUUGAUGUAUGAAAGUUAAAAUAAUAAAUCAGGUCUUUACGGCUGCCUUAAAAGGCUCGUCAAAUCCAUUAAAAUUGUUUUGUAAAUUACCAUUUAUAGUAGGAAAACAAAUGUAAGCGAUGAUUCUAAGUUAAAUCCAUUCACCUAAAGUACACUAAUUCAUAAAUCUAGCAUAAUAAUCGUUUGACGAUUUGAUAAAUGGACGACGCCGAAGUAGUAGAACACUUUUAUGGUGUGUAUUUGUUAUACUCUAUGAACCCAAAAUACAAAGGAAGAACAUACAUAGGAUACACAGUAGAUCCAAGGCGUAGGAUAAAACAACAUAACGCUGGGAAGGAUCAAGGAGGUGCUUGGAAAACGAGUAACAGAGGUCCAUGGAAUAUGGUAUUGAUCAUCCACGGUUUUCCAAACAGCACCUCUGCACUCAGGUUCGAAUGGGCCUGGCAGCAUCCUCAAGUGAGCCGAAGAUUGAAGCAUGUGCCUAAGAAGAAAUCAAAUCAAAAAGUAUUCGACUACUGCUUAUUAGUAGCGUCAGAAAUGUUAAACGUCGGCCCGUGGCGUCGUUUGCCAUUAACAAUACGCUGGCUGGAUUACGAUUUUUUUCAACAGUACUCCAGUCACGUGUCCCCGCCGAUGCAUAUGCCUGUAUGCUGUGGCAAAGUAGUUUCGCAGAAAAUUAAAAAGUCGAACGAUAUACUGCAAAUGUUAGAUGAAUCGUCUUUACUUUGUUCGAUAUGUAAUUCGUUUUUAGAAGAUGAGGACUCUGUUAGGUGUAUAAAGUCUACGUGUUCGUUAAUGGCUCACUUAAUCUGUUUAGCGCAAUUAUUUUCUAAGGAUAGUAUGAUUUUACCAAUCGAGGGCACUUGCCCUUCUUGUAAUACUAAUAUUUUAUGGGGUGACUUGAUUAGAAAAAAAAUCGGCUGUUACGGAGAUUUGCAAGAAGAUGACAACGACAGUGCUUGACGCACUCAAGUGUUUUUGACAUUGUUCAGAUGCAUUUGUAACUUGUUUCAUAUGUGAUUCAUUUUUUAUGACAAUUUUAAGGGUGUAUUGGCUAUACAGUCAAUCCCAAAAGUUUAUGUACUUUAGAAA